UUAAUUUAAUUUAUUUAUUUACCAUUUUUUUUUUCUGUUUUAAUUUAAUCUUUGUAUUGUUGUUGAGUUGAGCGUUCACCAACAGAAGCAGCAGAAGAAAAAGGUUGCUGGCAGCGAAUAAAGUCAAAACCCGUAAUGGUUCCACUCUGAUCAAACACAAGGAAUCGAGGAAGGAAGGUUUAGGGUUAGGGUAAGAGUUGAGAAGGCAUAGGAGAAGAAGAAGAAGUCAAUUCAGAUGCCGGAAGAGGAUUUGGUGGACAUCAAGUUUAGGUUGUACGAUGGCUCCGAUAUCGGACCCUUCAGGUACUCCUCCGCCGCUACCGUCGAUAUGCUCAAGCAAAGGAUUGUCUCCGAUUGGCCCAGAGGUAAAACAGUCAUGCCAAAGUCAGCAAAUGAAGUGAAACUGAUUAAUUCUGGUAAAAUCUUGGAAAACAACAAGACUGUUGGUCAAUGUAAAGUACCAUUUGGUGGUGAGAUUGCAGGGGGUGUUAUAAUAAUGCAUGUUGUUGUACAGCCAUCUCUAGCAAAAACUAAAGCUGAAAAGAAGAUUGAUGAUUCGCCCAAGAAGGUCGUCUGUUCCUGUUCCAUAUUGUGAAGAAAGUUUGAGUUGGAGAAAAGUAUCCUUAUCCAUCAAUCACUCAUGAACUGUAGAAAUCAUCUGCCUGAACAAACCCCUAUUUCAGCAUUCCUGUGUAAAGUACGUAUACGGGCAAUUAUAUAUUUAUAGAAAAGUUUGUGUUAAUGGUGACUUCCGAAGAUGCUUUCAUUCUUUUAUUACAUGGUCUACAGGGUUGAUGAUGACAUUGUAACCAUUGAUUGCUACUGUUGUGCAUCAAGUUGUCGUUUUGCAUUUGCAAUGACGUGCGUGAUAUCUUAUGCAUCUCAGAGUGCCUAAGCACUUGAGCAGUAUUCACAUUCU